AUGAACACCAUGGUCCGGCUUUUGAGACAGGAUACGUUCAGUUCUUAUGGUCAGCUUUUUUUAUCCAUCUCGUCUCUCACUCUCAGUAGCUCUUCGGUCUGCAUUUCUUUGUUCAUCUCUCUCUCUCUCUCUCAGGAGCAUCUUUUCGGUACCCUUUGCCUUUCACUCGUGUUCUUGUAAAAGAACACAAGGGCGGGAAGAAAGGUGCCAAGCUGAGCGGGUUGGCCUCAUGAGUCACUCAUCAAGCACCUCCCUCUAAAGUUCCCUGCGCAUCGGCGUCAGCCGCUUUGUCCGCUCUACUACUGUGGAUUUUGGCUUGAUGCGCAUGUAUAAGCCAGCGUUUGUGGGUUUCCACUUCCGGGAUCAAGACACACUGAGCGUCGUUUUACAAGUCGAG